CAUUAACUAGAAUGCUAACCAGCUGUGUAGCACACCGAGCUCCGCCGGUUUUCUUUCACUGCAAGUCACUUCUUAUUAACUUAGUUCACUUAAUUGCAACUGAUCUGCGUGACAACAUCGGUGUUUUCGUGUGAGUGAGUUGACAGCACUUCACGCAUCUGAUGCAACGACAAUGAGAGGGAGGUUAUUGUUUUUGUGACCACGCUCUGUGUUGCCAUGGAGAAGUCAUGGAGGUUGUGGGGCUCAGUGGAGCGUUGCGCCCUCACUUUAGUCUCCUGGUCCUGGGGUGCCUGCCGUGUCUCCCUGCUCGCUCUUAUUUUAACCUUCCACCUGUAUGGCGGUUUCAUCCUCCUGGCUCUCAUCCUCGCCUCCGUUGCGGGCAUCCUCUAUAAGUUCCAAGACGCGCUCCUCUACUUCCCAGACCAGCCGUCUUCAUCGCGCCUCUACGUUCCUGUGCCGACGGGAAUCCCGCACGAGAAUGUGUACAUUCGCACAAAAGACGGUGUGAAGCUCAACCUUAUCCUGCUGCGCUACACGGGCGGGGAUGUGCCACCUGGGGUGGCGGGGGCCAGUCAGAGCAGCCCCACAUCCUCGGCGCCGCCCACCAUUCUCUACUUCCACGGCAACGCGGGCAAUAUAGGCCACAGGGUGCCUAAUGCCUUGCUGAUGCUGGUUAAUCUGAAAGCCAACGUGGUGCUGGUGGACUACCGCGGCUACGGGAAGAGCGACGGCGAGCCCAGCGAGGAGGGCCUCUACCUGGACGCCGAGGCCACGCUGGACUAUGUGAUGACCCGGCCCGAUUUGGACAAAACCAAAGUGGUACUGUUCGGCCGCUCGCUCGGUGGCGCCGUGGUCAUCCGCUUGGCGUCGACCAACCCGCAUCGCGUGGCGGCCAUUAUAGUGGAAAACACCUUCCUCAGCAUCCCACACAUGGCGGCGACGCUCUUCUCCUUCUUGCCCAUGCGCCUGCUGCCAUUGUGGUGCUACAGGAAUAAGUUCCUGUCCUACCGGCAGGUGGCGCUGUGCCGCAUGCCCUCGCUGUUCGUCUCCGGACUGUCGGACCAACUCAUACCGCCGGUCAUGAUGAAGCAACUGUACGAAAUGUCGCCGUCGCGGACUAAACGCCUGGCCAUCUUCCCUGAGGGCACGCACAAUGACACGUGGCAGUGUCAAGGCUACUUCGCCGCCUUGGAGCAGUUUGUUUGCGAGCUGCUUAAGAGCCACGCCCAUGAGGAGAGUGUGCAGACAUCCUCCAAUGUCACCAUCAUCUGAUGGAACUUUGUUUUUAAUGCUUCUUUGAUUUCAUUCACAUCUGUAAAUGGGUUUUGUUCAGGGAGGUGAAUCAUUACUCUUUUCAUUUUUUUCAUCCAUAAACGCAUGCAUGUGACUCUUAAUACAGUGUUUUCCAACCUUUAUUGAGUCAAGGCUUAUAUUUUUUAUUUGACUAAAAUCUCAAGGAACAGCACACUAAAAGGAAUGUUACAAAAGGGUAUGCACUGGCUUAUUAAGGGCUUUCUGCCAUCUAGUAGAAGAGCAUUUAAUUGUUGUGCCUGUCGCUAUAUGUCGCUGGCACAGUUGUCUGAACAAAGGAAAUUAUUUGUCGGAAAAAAAGAAAAGGAUAAUUUCUAGCUGCAUGCUGGUUGGGAAUCACUGUUAUACUAAAUGAGGUCACUUGCAAAAGACGACGUUGAGCGAAAAUGUAUUCCAGCUGCUGACGUAAUCUGCAGUCGUGUCGUCUCGAUGCGCAUACAGAUUUGAGCUGCGACGACAUGGCAGCUCUUUCGGUUGCCCCGCAAGACUUGAAGUCUGACUAUAACACAAAACCAUGCACAGUUAUGUAAAUACAACUUCAUUAUUUCAUGAUCAUCCUUAUUUUGAGUGAUACUUUUAGUUUGAUGCCAAUGAAAAUGAAAUUAUGUAAACGUCACCACAACCCCCUCGCCCCUUUCCAUUAUGACCCUAAUACUUUUUUGGAAAAUAGCAGCUUUCCUUUUUGGAAUGGAAUGAAAAGCUUACCCCUUUGAGUGCCAGACUGAGUUUUUAAAGUCUAAUCCUCAAAGAUAUUUUUCUCUUGUGUUUGUAUCCAUCCACUGGAAUCGUAAAAUGAAACCAGGCUCUGCUGGAGGAGUGUUUAAGAUCAGCACCUCUUUCAUUCAACAUAUAUUUGGACGCAUGCGUGUUGUAUUAAAUUUACAAGAGCCUGUCUUUUGUGAUGAUUUAUAAUCCUAUCUGGCGUUGUUUUCCACUCUAAUCAUCUUUUAGGUUCUGAUCACCCUCCUACAAUGUGCCAAAAUGGCUGUAGUCCCUCGAAGGGCUGUUAAUGAGCUAAUUAACCUUUCCCCGGUGUCUUUCUUUGGUUUGUCUGCCCUCGCGUUCAAAGUGCAGAACAAUGAAGCCAUUUGAGUACACAGCGGAGCUCUUCAGCCAUAUUUGGUCCGACGGUUUAUAAAGCCAACGCUUGGCAAGGAAAAGAGCUGCUAUGAAUGUAAUUAUUAGUGCGUGCGCUUGUAUUUAUGUGUCGAUCUUCCCCGCGGCGGCAUCGGAAGAUGACCUUUCCUGGUUUGUCUCUGACAUGUUGACAUUGCACUUAAGAGUAACGUGUUUUUUUUGUUUUUUUUUUUGCCCUCAACGUUUUGGGUUACUGUGGUUUCCUGCCUUUUGCUAAUUUUAAAGAAUUGGGGAUCUUGCGUUGUUACAACUGCAAAGCCAGUCCGAAUGUGUUUGUUUUUCUAAAUCUGAAUGCAACACAAAUCAGUAUUCACUGAUGGAAUGAGUGCAAGUGUGUGUUGCUUUCAGGGGCUGGCAUGUGAUUGUUUCGGAUACAAAUUUGCACUGCGUUGACUUUUUGUAUUAAGACUUGACAAAGAUGCGUUUCUUAAGCAGACAAAUGAAUGACUCGUCUUCAUCUUCAGCUUGAAGAAGUCACUGAAUGAUCAUCUUUCCACCCACCUUCACCAUUUCUGGGUUUUUAUUCACACGCCGCUUUUGUAAGCUCAUAUUUUCACUUUGUGUAUUCUGUGCUGUAACAUGCAAUAACAUUGAUACAUGAAAUUGUGACAUUUUUAAAUGAAUGAAAUAAAUCAUGUAAGACAA